AGGCAGGUGAAAUAAGCUCCUUCAGAUGCGUGCGCGCGCGGGACGAGGCGCGACACAGUCAACUACAGACGGGAAGCGCGAGGAAAGCUGGUUGUGGUGCGCAGAAGAAAACAACCAAAGACGCCUUGAAUGCUCAGUAAAAUGUGUUUAAAGUAAAAGUGGAGCGGAGCCAGCCCGGUGCACUCUGAGAUGUCAGCCGCAGUUUCUCCACGGGAUGGGAAGAGGAGACAGAGCUGCGUUUGUAGCCGUGGUUUCCGUCGCGCGCAGUUAAUUGCUACCUGAAGACAAUUAAGCAGGUGGAGAAGUGGCAGCAGCAGCAGUUUGGGAGUGUUUGGUGUUAACUUUGAAGCUGCUGUCGGUGCAUCCUGCUGGAGCAGACGGUGGAUGUUGCGCCAUGGAGAUAAAGACACUUCGAGCCAUACUGAUGUUAAUAUGGAUUAUUCAAGGUGACACUCGGAGGGUGGAAAUCCCCAGGAAGCAUAUGGAGGUGGUCAAAGGUCAGAUGGUGAUGUUACACGCCUGGUACAGCCCCAACUCAGACAUCAGCAAAAACUCUGUGAUUUGGAACUUUGUGGGAAAUGAAUCCACACAGGUGAUCAACUUUAGCUCAGGUGAGGUCGGGUAUGGCCAAAAUGCAUUCACCAAACGAGUGGGCUUCAGUGUGGCUAUGCCCUCAGCCAACCUCUCCAUCUACAUCAACAACACCCAGGAAUCUGACUCUGGACGCUAUGUUUGCCAUGUCAUCAUCCCUGGAGGUCUUGGCAUUUCCGGAGAGAUGAACCUUAAUGUCAAAGUCCCUCCUUCUCCACCAGUGUGCACCAUGACAGGAAACCCAGUGGUGAAGGGAAACGUGACCCUGAGCUGUAGUUCCAGUCACGGAAAACCAGUUCCUCAGUACAAAUGGACCAAGGCUGCACCCACAUCUGAGGUGUUCUUCUCACCGAUGCAAAAAUGGAGAGCCUGCCCGCAGCCCUUGCUUGUCCUUGGGUUCAUGGAUGAGAGACAAGGCACCCUCAGGCUCAGCAACCUCACUAAAAGCAUGUCAGGGAAGUACAUCUGCCGAGCCAGCAACACCGCCGGCUCUGACAGCUGCUCUAUUAACCUGGAGGUUAUCACCUCUUCCAAUGCAGGGAUGAUUGCAGCAGCUACUCUGGGGUCAGUCGUGGGACUCGUGGCCAUGGUACUUUUCCUCAUAUUCAUACUGAGGAGAAGACAGGACACUGAGGAGGAGAUAGCAAAUGAGAUCAAGGAGGAUGCUCAGGCACCAAAGCGAGUCUCUUGGGCAAAGAGUAACACAGGUUCUGACAUUGUGUCUAAAAAUGGCACGCUGUCGUCCAUAGCCACCAGUCCUCGACCGCGAGACCCCCACCAACCCAACUUUCAUUACCCCUACUCCCCGACCUUAGUUUCAGACACGGGCUCCGUCAUCAACGCCUACCAGCUGAGACCUGGAGAGGCCAACACCUUACAGGGACUUCCAGGAUACAACAUCGGAGGCACUCCUUCACGGAAACACAAGCGGCCUCCCAGUACAAAUGGAGCCCCUCCACAGGUUCUCCGGAGCCCAGGGAUUGCUGUCCCCAACAGGACGGAGGGGGCUCAGCCUCAGGUGCCACCUCCACUCACUGUGUCCCCACAAAUCAGCUCCUCAACCCUGACACGCAUGGGGGCUGUUGCUGUCAUGGUGCCUGCUCAAAGAGAAGCCGGUUCACUGGUGUAACCGGCAGAAGCAUCUCUGCUGGGUAAGAAAGAACAGUGGCUAAUGAAGGAGAGGAAGUAUGCCUUGGAAUGGAAAGCACCUUCUCAAUGAAGACCUGAAAGGUUGUGAGAGGAGAAAAUGUAUCACGGGUGGUUUGUGCUUUGUUUGCACAAUGCCUCGAUUCCCUCUUCAGUUUGUGACUUCAGUUGAUUCAGCACAGUGUGCUUCAUUUCAGUUACUUUUUGUAUGCUGCAUCUGGUUUCAGUAAAGACAAAUGUUUUUUAUUUACACUACAUAGACUUUCAAAAUGGUACCCAGUAGUCUUACAGUUUCAAUUCAGCAGUAUGCAUAACAUGCCAGUUAUUUUAGCAGAGAUGUGUUUGAUGAGAUUUCCUGUCUUGAUACAGUCAACAUUAACAGUAAUGGAUUUUACAAUUCUUGUAUAAUGUAAUGUUUUGGACACUAUGAUUUAUGAUUAAACAAAAUAUAAGACAUGAUCACAAUGUCAUUUUAACUUUACUGUAUCUGGCUGUAUAGAGAAAACUUUUUAUUUUAUUUCUCUCAGGAUAACUGCACUGAAAGCCCAGCAAAAACAUAAUUCAGGUAUUUCGACAAAUGUAUGGAUUUUGUUACCCUAUAAACAACUCACGUGGUUUCAUUCAUGUUUCACCCGAGGGAUGUUUGAAAUGUCAUGAAAUGUACCGAGUCAUUUGAGUUGCCUGUAAUGGAAGAUGGAUUGUAUCCAAAAAUGAGUUAAUGUUAAAGUGUUAAAAUGUUAAAGUUGAUGGUUUCUGAAUGUUUUCAGGUGCGUAGUAUAAGUUGAUAAAAAUUACUGUAAACAUAUCAGGCCAUAGCUGACUGACAUUUCUACACCAACACUGCUGAUGGUCUCAUUUGUUUUAUGGUAAUUUGUCAUAUGACAGUGAUUUAUUGAUGUCGAGAGGCUACAUGUAGCACUUUUCAUGCAGUUUGACAGUUUUUCAAUAAACCAUGUUCUCAAGUGAGUGA